GAGUUGGCCUCUGUGAAUCCAAAUUUGAGUCAAACUGUACUCUUCUCACUCCCUAGUCCCUCUCUCUACAAAUAUUUACACUUUGUAUUUCUAUUUUCUAGGGUUUGCUCUGACUCUUUGAGCUCUGCCCCCAAAAUCCAAAUCCACCUAAUCAAGAGCCUCCCUUUUAAUUCGCCUAUAUUUUCAUUGCCCCAUAUCCAAUUCUUGCUCAUAUACAAAACCCAGCAAUUGGAUUCUAGGGUUUGAUCAGUUCAAGAACAGAGACCAAGAUUCACUUCACGAAUAAGGUCUUUAACUUCCUUUGUGAAGGCAAGUGGAGGUUCUUGCUUUCUGAUUUAUUCGUGGAUGUGCUCUAAGUUAUGAUAUUAUUCAUAGGAAAUAAAGCAGUGCAAGUAACAAUAAAUCGUGUGAGGGGCUAAGAUGCCAUCUACUCAUCUUUCUACACUGAGGAGUGCCAUCAGGCAGGGAAUAAAAAGUUCAUCUACCGGAGCAAAAGUUAGCAUCCAGGAUUCUGUGGAAGUUGGUGUUAGCCUAGGCAAAAUAAUUGGCAACUCCAGGCUGUUGCAUUCUCUAUCAGACUCAUGUUUUUCUAAACUGAAUGUGCUUUUAGAACCUGGUACUACUGUUAAUGCUCAAUCAAAUUUACAUAUAGUGAACCGAAGAAAAAAUAUUUCAGUUGUUGGAGCUGUCCCUCGUACAUUUUCUACUCCAUCAGUUUCUGGGCCAUCCUUUGAAGUCUGUGGGUAUCACUUAGAUCACCUAUUUAUUGAGUCCGGUCAUUCAUCGUCCAACAUUCACACUCAGAAAACACCUAUGGCCAUCAGUAUUUCCAGAGCUUUGGUCGGUGACUGUUCAGUACCUAAUGUAACAUCUAAGCAUGGGCAUUCACUACGGCAAACAAGUAAAGGCAGUUCUGCUUACAGGAAUCUAAGUUUUGACAAUUGCAGAAAAGCCUGCAUGAAAUUGAGCAAUAAUGAGCAACCUAAUAAUAAUAGUUCUCUAUACGGAUUCUUCUCAUAUCAUGUGGUGAAGAGCAGUGGAAAUUCCUAUCCAGCAUUGGGGUUUGGCCUGAGAAGUUUCCACAUCUCGGCACCUGCUUCGUUCUCUGCAGGGACUGCUCCAGAUGUGUCCUUUGAGAACCCUGUUAGAGAGGAACAGGUUGCUAAUGCUGCUGAUUCUUCAGAACAGAAAAUCAUAGCAGACAGAUCUUUGAAACUAAAUUCAGGAUCAUGUUAUCUCCCCCAUCCCGAUAAAGAAGAAACUGGUGGGGAGGAUGCUCACUUUAUCUGCUCAGAUGAACAAGCCAUUGGCGUGGCGGAUGGCGUUGGUGGCUGGGCUGAUCUUGGUGUUAAUGCAGGGCUUUAUGCACGAGAACUUAUGUCAAAUUCGGUAGCUGCAAUUCAGGAUGAACCUAAGGGUUCUAUUGACCCAUCUCGGGUGCUGGAGAAAGCAUACUCAAGCACCAAAGCCAGAGGGUCUUCAACUGCUUGCAUCAUUGCUCUCACAGAACAGGGUAUCCAUGCUAUUAACUUAGGUGAUAGUGGGUUUAUGGUGGUAAGAGAUGGAUGCACCAUUUUUCGGUCCACUGCGCAACAGCAUGAUUUUAAUUUCACAUAUCAGCUGGAGAAUGGUAGUGAUGGUGAUUUGCCUAGCUCUGGUGAGGUGAUUACAGUCCCUGUAGCUGCCGGGGAUGUAAUAAUUGCUGGGACAGAUGGGCUAUUUGAUAACUUGUACAACAAUGAUAUUACUGCUGUGGUAGUUCAUGCUGUCAGAGCUGGUUUUGGCCCUCAAGUAACAGCUCAGAAGAUAGCUGCCUUGGCACGCCAAAGGGCACAGGAUAAAAAUCGACAGACACCAUUUUCCUCUGCAGCCCAAGAAGCCGGAUUUCGCUACUAUGGCGGAAAGCUUGAUGACAUUACUGUCGUUGUUUCAUACAUAACCAAUGCUGAUGCCAAGUAACGCGUGUCUGCUCAUUCUUUCCUGUGCUCACACAUUCACAUACAUGCCUAUCCGAAAAUGAGAUUUGUACGAUUAGCUUGAAUAAACUUGUCAGCUAUCUGAUUUGCCGAAAACGUUUUGCGAACAAUGUCAUCGGCUACACAUCCUCCUACAAUGGAGAUUAGCUCAUAAAAAAGAGUUUGUUAGCUUUCUGUACAGUUUCAUGGUAAUAUAGGUUGGACUCAAUUAUUUGAUGGAUUAUUCUUUAGUGUUCAUGGUAACGAAGGUUGUGGAUUAUUCUUC